AAACGACCUUGACCUGCUGUGUGGUGAAAUAACGAUGACUGCUUUUGAAGAAUUUGGUGUGAUGCCUGAAAUAGGGCAGGCUGUGGAGGAGAUGGACUGGAGUUUACCAACUGAUGUCCAGCAAGAGGCCAUUCCUAUGAUACUAGGAGGAGGUGAUGUGCUUAUGGCUGCAGAAACUGGAAGUGGAAAAACAGGAGCUUUCUGUAUCCCAGUGCUACAGAUAGUACAUGAGACUCACCGUGACAUCAAGGAGGGAAAAGGAGGGGGCGGAGGAGGGAAAAAACCAAAGUCUACAAAGUGGAAAAUGAAUGUGUAUGAUAGAGGGGACGCUAUGGCCAUAGAUACUGAUGAAGGCCUGCUAUGUCAGGCUAGAGAUGCUAUGGGAUGGCAUGGGACACGCUCAAACAAGGCAGUCAGUGGGGGAGGGAAGUACUACUAUGAGGCGACAGUGACAGAUGAAGGGUUGUGUCGUGUUGGGUGGUCUACAGAUAGAGCCAGACUAGACCUAGGGACUGACAACCAAGGAUUUGGCUUUGGUGGAACAGGGAAAAAAUCAUUUGGCCGGCAGUUUGAUACUUAUGGAGAGCCAUAUGGUAAAGAUGAUGUCAUCGGCUGCUUCCUAGACCUUGAUGCAGGUCAGAUAAAAUGGUCGAAGAAUGGGGAUGAUCUCGGAAAAGCUUAUGAUAUUCCAUCUAAUCUACUUAAUCAAAACUUCUACGCUGCAGUUGUUCUCAAGAAUGCAGAAAUGAAGUUUAACUUUGGGGCCACCCCAUUUGAGAACAGGAUGAUCGGAGGCUACACAGCUUUGUUCAAGGCCCCCAAGGAGUUCACUUCAGAGUCUAAGGCAGGAGGAAGUACAGUUGCACCUGUCCCUGCUAAUAAUGCACCAGUUGCAAUAAUAAUUGAGCCUUCUAGAGAGCUUGCAGAACAAACUAUCACUCAGAUCCAGAAGUUUAAAAAAUACUUGGCUAACCCUACCAUUCGAGAGCUACUUAUUGUUGGGGGUGUACCAGCAAAAGACCAAAUAGCAGCACUAAACAAUGGGGUGGAUAUUGUGUGUGGCACUCCAGGGAGACUUGAAGAUCUGAUAUCAACAGGGAAGCUAGCAUUGUCUAAUGUCCGCUUCUUUAUCUUAGAUGAGGCUGAUGGCUUAUUAUCUGCCGGCUAUACAGAUCUGAUCAACAGGCUUUACCAGCAAAUGCCAAAGAUAUCAAACGAUGGCAAACGUUUACAAAUGAUAGUCUGCUCUGCAACGUUACAUUCCUUUGAUGUAAAGAAAAUGGCGGAGCGCCUCAUGCACUUUCCAACCUGGAUAGACCUAAAAGGACAAGAUAGUGUACCAGAGACAGUGCAUCAUGUGGUUGUACCAGUUGACCCCAAGCAAGAUACAAGCUGGAAGUCUCUCAGCCAUCACUGGGCAACAGAUGGAGUGCACGAGAAAGAUCGCCUCAAUCCUAAUUAUGAGACUCCUGAGCUGCUUUCUGAGGCAAUAAAGAAGCUAAAGGGGGAGUACCUAGUGAGGGCUAUAAGGGAACACAAGAUGGACAAGGCCUUGAUAUUCUGCAGGACAAAGUUGGACUGUGACAACUGUGAAGAUUACCUCAACAAGUUAGGAGGAGGACGCAACAGGAAUACUGAGUUUUCCUGUGUUUGUUUACACGGAGACAGGAAACCAGCGGAGCGGAAAGGAAAUCUAGAACGAUUCAAGCGGGGUGAAGUGAAGUUUCUCAUAUGUACGGAUGUAGCUGCAAGGGGUAUAGACAUCACUGGCCUGCCCUUUGUGAUCAAUGUCACGCUGCCAGAUGAAAAACAGAACUAUGUUCAUCGUAUUGGUCGUGUUGGACGUGCCGAACGCAUGGGACUUGCCAUUUCUUUAGUAGCCCAGUGCAAAGAAAAGGUAUGGUACCAUUCUAACUGUAGCAACAGAGGCAGGGGCUGCUACAACACGAAUCUCACGACACAGGGAGGUUGCUGUAUAUGGUACAAUGAACCACUGUAUAUUGGAGAUAUAGAGGAGCAUCUUGGUGUCACCAUAGACCAGGUUGGCCCAGAGAUUAAGGUUCCAGUCAACGAAUUUGAUGGCAAAGUAGUCUAUGGACAGAAGCAAACAAAUAAAGGGAGCGGUUACAAAGGACAUGUGGAAUUCUUGGCCCCAACUGUAAAGGAAUUGGCAGAGCUAGAAAAACAAGCGCAAUCUUCAUUUAUACAUCUCAAGUUUAAAAAACCUUUCCAUAAGAGAUGAGGAGAGAAUUAUCCGGGGAGAAUUAUGUACUGAACCGGGAGAAUUAUGAACUGAAUCGAAUAUUUCUUCGAAAUGCUGCAGUAGGGGGAAAAACUGUGAAAUAUCAUAAAUGGUUGACUUAAUUAUUUGUGAUAUGUAAUUUUUGACAUGGUACAUGUUAAAUAAAAGUGAUACAACCAUAAUUAUGACUUAGUUGGAGCAUUAACUGCAUUUAUUAUACACUGGUGCUGCACUUAGUCUAGCUACAGUACAAGUCUCUGUGAUCCCCCUCUACUUGGCUAAACACCUCACAAAGUCGUCACAAGGGCUUGUACAUGAUUGAAGCUAGACUAUACUGCACUCUUCAAACUAGUUACCAAAAUGGAGCAGUAACAAAAUGUUGGAACAUCUCAGAAAAGAUUUAGUGAGGUUUUGGAUUUUCUUAAACAUACAAGUCAUGUAUUAUUCCGACACACGUGAUAAAAAUGUCGUGUAAAUUCUGCCUU